CCCUCUCUCCCCUCAAAGCCAGCAGGCUGCUAUUUGAUCCAGACUGCUUGUUACAUGAUCUCCUGGAAUACAAUGUUCCCUCGCUACUCCAUGGCUUUUUUGUUUGUUCUCGCUUUGCAGUGCAGGGGGCACGGAAGAAUGCCAGUACCGCACUGAGGCUACAACAACUGACCUUUCCUUCCCCUUCCCCAUCUGUGAUAUUAACCCAUCUAUCUGUUUGUCUCCCUAUCCUCCCUGUUCAUGCAUUGUCAAUACCCCCUCACCCCCCAUCCCUGAUUAUUACUGUGGCCCCCUUGACAAUGUUACCAUGCAUUAACUGGCUGCAGCCUUUCCUUGCCUUGAUCUCCUCCACCUUGCUCACUCGAGGCAACAAUUGUCCAUCCAGCUGUUUGUGUCCAGACCACCACACUGUGAACUGCGCCGGCCAAGGUCUAACUAAAGUUCCAGACUCCAUCCCUCUGGAUGUUCGGCGUCUCUUGCUCUCCAACAACUGGAUUCCCUGGAUCCCGUCUGACUUUCUAGUCCUUUACAGUGAUCUGGUCUACCUGGACCUGAGGAAUAACUCCCUCUCUCAGCUGGAGCCAGGGACUCUAAGCACGUCCUCGAGAUUGGUCUUUUUGGACUUGGGGAGCAAUAACCUGACAGAAAUCUCCUCUGAGACAUUUGGAGAAUCAAGGAGUCUGAUCAAACUACGGCUGGGGAACAACCCUUACCUAACCAUGGUAGGCAGGGAUGCUUUUACAGGGUUGACUUCUUUGAGGGAGUUGGAGCUGGAGUGGAAUGGUCUCACAGUGCUGGAUGUAAGGGUCCUGGAACCCCUGCCCUCCCUCCGGAUGCUGCGUCUGGAGGGCAAUCCUUGGCUGUGCAACUGCCAUUUUGCCAAACUGUUUGUAUGGCUGAAAGAGAACCAGCACAAGCUGCCAACAGGAAUGGAAGGGAUAGAGUGCUCUUUGCCUCUGGAUGGACGUCGUGUUCCUCUCAGUUUACUCUCGGAGGACAGUUUCAGGGAGUGCCAUGGUGCCCUCACCCUAACGGACUACCUCAUAGUCAUUUUUUCUGGAAUUUCGGUCUCAGUGGCAGCAAUUAUGGCCAGUUUCUUCCUCGCUUCCACAGUCCACUGCUUCCAGCGCCUGAGUAAAGGCAGUAAAGGAGAUGAGGAGGAGGGGAAUGACUGACAGAGUCGGAAAAGGGUAAAAUGGAUUAUGUAAAAUGAAAGUAUUUCAUACAAAACCCUUGCUGAGAGAUCAUGUUGGAAUCUGAGAGGAAGCUCAACAAAACAUGAAAGCAAUGGGGAAAAACGCUGGUAUGAAAGAAGAUGAUGUCAUCCCAAGGAUGUUCAUAAUAUUUCAAUUCCAAGAUCACCUCUGGACUAUCAUGAGAGUGAUAGAGUGGUUUGGAAAACAACAAACAGGUUUGCAUAACUGUGAUCAAAGUGUUGCAAAUGGUGAUGUGUGUCAUAGUGCUGGAUCUAAGGUUGCAACGAUUUACAAGCACCAAAAGGAACAUAUAAACUGUGUUUCCAACUAGUGUUAGCUGUUGUGCAAGGGCCUGUCCUGUAGAGGUCUUACAGGAGCUGUGACUUAUGCCAGCACUAACCACAUAUGUUAGUCCUUUGAGAUGGUCACUGCAGGGCUCGACAUGAACUUUCUGAGGCACUUGUUCUUUGGACAUAUAGAUUUUUCUCUUGUCCAGACACAAAUAUUAUUUGUCUGUGUAAAAAUGACAAUAAUUUACAUUUUUAUUUUGUUCAGGAAUGUAGAAUGUAGAAUGUACAUUUUUAAAAAACAAAACAUUCAAGCUAAUACUUCCAUUGAUAAUCUUUUUUUUUCACUUUGCAAAGCCUGUUUCAGUAUCAGAUUAAUUGGAUUAACCACUAAAACAGAGGCAGUGUAUACUGUCAUUGCAAAAAAAGAAUCUGUCAUUGAAAAUGAAGUUUUUGCACUAAUAAUAAAAGUUCACAUUGAAAAAGAAAAAGAAAUGGCCCUAAAAAAAUUCCUCUGAAAAAUAAAACACAGAUACUCAGAAUAAUUGAUUUAUGUUAUGGUGUAUUUCUUUGUAUUUUAAAGUGAUUAUCAAUAACAAUUUUCCAAUUUUUUUCUUCAUGUCUGCACUUUUAAAGUCUUUUUUUUGUUGUUUGUUUUUUACAAAACUAUUUUUUCAGGAUGCUUCAAUGAAAACUUUCUGUCAAUUUUGGUGGAGACAUGAGGAGUCUGAGGGGAGGGGCAAGGAGCGCUUAUUUCCAUAUAAUUUGCAUAUUAAGGAGCAGGAGGGGCCAGUUGGUGACUGACAUGACCGCAAGCUCAGACAACACAGUCCUGCCUCUUUAUGUUUAUAUGAAAAUAAUUCAUAUGUGUAUAUUCUGAGGUUUCCAAGAUCCUCUGUCAGUCAAGUAAUAAAACAAACCGUUUCAGACAUAAGCAGUGUCUGAUCAAACAGGUCGGAUUAGAGAAAAAUGUAGUUCUGCCUUCAACAAUUCAUAUCAGACAAUUCAUAUUUAGAAUACAAUUGAAAAUACAUGUAAGAGGAUCCAUUUUAUAACAGGACUGAAGUCUAUUUCAAAAUUUAUACACAGAUGAAAAACAUUGUGCCUCUACUCCUGAUGUUCUGUAGUGGAGCUAAUCAGCUUCAGGAUCAUGCUGGUAUGGAUACUGCUGCAGAAGAUAGAGCUGCUGUUUUGUCUGUGGAGUGUCCCAGCAGUCAGUGAGGAUCUGGGUUUCUUCAGCUGUCCCUCAGAGAUAUGACGUUUAUACAGCUACUUUCUUGCCUAAAAUAAUCUUAAAAGUACAUUUUGUGUCACAAUAACAGUAGUAUUCACAAAAAGCCUUGAUUACCUUUGUAAGUUUUCUUUUUGGUCUUUGCCACUGGUUGGUACCACAUACAUUAUGGGAUACCUCACUGUCCCAAGUCCACACGCAAUGCAAAUUUUAUGUAAAUCACACACUCCUUGCCAUUCCCCUCAGACUCCUCCCUAUCACACCAAAACACAGAAAGUUUUCAUUGAAAACAGAGAACAUUAAAACAUCAUUAAAAAAAAAAGAAACCUUGACUGUAAGAAAAAGACUUUAAAUUGAGUUUUUAAGCACAGAUGAAGAACAAAUUUGAAAAUUGAAAUUUAAAAUCACCCUAAAAUACAAUGAAGACAUCAAAACAGAAACAAAGAAAUUUGAACAUCAGUGUUUUAUUCUUCUCAGUGGAAUUGUUUUUGAGCCUUUUUUUCUUUUUCAAUGCCAAAUUUUAUUUUCAUUGACAGCCUGUACUGUCUUUGUUUUCGCUCCAUACUGAUCAUACUUCUGACAUUUAAAAAAUAAUGGCAUGUGAUGAAUUAGUAGCACAAGAUCAACAAAUUCCCACAGCUGUGCACAACGGUCACAUGUAAGAGGGUUUCUACAACCAUUGUAGGAUAUUUGUUGGAGUGGAAAUGAAGCUUAUGCUUUAUAAAUGUGGAUUUCUGUCUUUGUGCAUGCAUACACUCAUGAAUCUACACAGAGUUUUAUGCAUCUGGCCUCAUCACUGCUCCCACUGCACACAGUUUGACAACCAGUGUUUUAGCUCACAUGGGCUAUUUUGUGCAGACAGUCGUAAAUAUAGUGAAUUACACAGCAUUUAACACUAGCUAGCUAUCAUAACCUACUUGUCAGCCACACUGGGUUGUUGGAAAUAUCUUUAAUUUCCACAUGUAAUCCUAUGGGUUCCGCAUGUAAUUGCAUACAUUUCACAUGGUUAUGUGUAUGGUUUCACCUCUCCCUUAGUUAUGUUUCCCUCUGUAAUCUUUGAGCUUAUGCACGUGGAGAAACAGUUCACGCAUUAUUACACUUGUUUAAUGUAUUAUAAUGAAUCUUAGAAAACAUGCAGCAUUUGUGACGUGACGCCAUGUUAUAUAACGUGGAAAAUGUUGAUGUGUGCCCCACAUGUACCUGCAAAGACAUGCUAUCUACAUUUGCUUUACUUGGUACCAUGUUUCACAUGUGCCCCAUUAUAUGUUGUAGCAUGUGUUGACAUGUUAUCUGUAUGCGAUUAUGUGAAAAUCGUUGGAACUUCAUGUGGUUGUUUGGUAAGAGUGGUCCUAAAACUCCCAUGCCCACCAUUGCUUAGUGUCCUGUCAAACUGUUUGAUCAAAUGUUGUGUGCAGCAUGUAGGUCAUUUGAUAAUAAUACAUUGAUAACACACAGAAAAUCAGACACUCUCUAAUCCUACAUGCAAGGGUUCACUUAUACUAUUUAUACUCUCCAUGGCUUCACUGUUUUUUUAAGAACAUGCCACACAGAGAUGUAUAACUUACACUGGUUGCAGCAAAGCAGUCUCCACCGUAGCCUGGAUCUGGAAGUGCCUUAGAUGAUUAAUGUCCACUACAUGUUGGCUUUAAAAGACAUUUCACAACCGAAAUGUCUUUCACAUCAUUAUUACCUAAAAAUCUGUACAUUUGUUAAGAUGAAUCUUGCUUUUGACACUAGAGCCAUGUAUGCUGUAUUUUUCACCUAAUUUUAGGUUUUAGCAACUAGCACUCUACAGUUUAAGACAUAAACACGGUUAUUUUCAAGGUUGAUUCCAUGGCUUCAGUAUUUCACCACCUGUCCUCGAAGGCUGAAGAACACUUGGACACCACAUUUAGUGCUAUAUGUAAAUGUUUAUCAAUUUACAUGUUCCUAAUUUUCUAAUAGCCACCCACUGCAUGUAAUUUGAAGCUCAUUGUAGGGGAAUGGAAACAAAGUUCUCUGAUGGUAAUCUUGGAACUUUCUUAGUUGUGGUAACAUAUUAGUGGAUGUUAGUAGGUUCGGGAGGACUGACGUUGACUAAUGACCCCAUUUUUUUGUAAUGUUGGCCCUGCUUCAUCAUCAUUUUCUUUACUGCAUUUCUUCAUUGAGAUUUGAUAAAAGUGCUCAUAACAGAAGCAGAGACUUGAGAACCUGUUAAACGGUUAUGGGUGAUGUGACAUUGACUACUUUGAUAUUUCUACACGCUAUACUUUUACAGUGUUAGUGGAAGUAAGCAUUAUGCUGUAUGUGGUUUUAUAAAUUGGUGAUGAACUCAUUUGAGGAACUAUUUUAACAGUAAAUUGACACAUCUUCAUGGA